AUGCCCGGUGAAGCCACAGAAACGGUCCCCGUGACCGAGCAGGAGAUGCAGCAGCCUCAAGUGGAGACUGGUUCGUAUAUUUCAGCCUCUUACACACAUGCAUGUUACCCUGCAUAUCAAACAGGGUCCUGGAACUCUAAAAAGUGACUUAAAAACAGUCUUUAUCUGUAAAUUAAGAGGGACAGUACAGCAGGAUUUGUUGUUUAUUUGGUGGGGAUGCACAGUGUUGUCAGUAUAAUGUAGAUGUCAGCAUUAAAAGGCUUAAAAGCUAACUACUGCUAUUUAAAACACGCUGCUAUGAGCUUACAAUAUUGCCACACAUUGAUUUGUAUUUAUAUUUAUUGACACUGAAGAUGUUUGCAUUUGAUAUUGCAAAAUCCAACACUGUGCAUUCUCAGUAUUUGGUAUGGGGUGUUUACUCAGCUGGCUGGAAACUGAGUUGAUCCAACAGCUGGCAGUUAUUUUGACUGUCACUAGCCAUUAGACGGGACAGAUGUAAAUGUAGAAUGGUUUUUUGAGGUAUUUCGAUUGCUGGUCUGCCCCUCUAGUCUCCAAAGAGUAAUCCAGGACCCCUCUGUUUUAUUUACACAAACUCACAAUGGUGUGUGGUGAACUAGCACUGACAUUGGGAUUUAGCAAACAAUGCAUGGUGUUGAGUUUGGUUUUUCCCCCGUGCACAAUAAACUCACUGUGCAGACACUGUUAUUGAGUCAAAGCACAGAUCAGUCUUUGCUACAUUUAAACAUAAGCUUAAAUCAAAUUUUUAAUAUAUAUUUUAUCUAUAGUUGUAAGUAGAAGCAUGAACAAUUUUUAGAUGGUAUCUUAAAAUUGUCUUAAAGCUGAUAAAUAGGUGAUAACUUUAACUGUUUGGAAGUCAGCGCAAUUACUGUUAAGAUUUCCACACAUUUCUUUAUAUAAUUUUACAUAUUCUUUUGACCUUAGACAUCAACUUUCACCAGAAUACACUGAAGUGAUCCUCUUUAGGGAUCUCUUGGUAGGUGGAGGUGCAUGUUUAUGGGUGGGGCAGAGGAUUUCAACUGAUCAGAGGCAGACAGCUCCAGAAAAAUGGCUUCAGCUGUCAAGUUGCUGUCUUACCUCGCUGAUAUAGGUCUGCGUUCAGUUUUAGUCUGUAGUUGAUCUAUUUUUGAAGUUUUAAUUUUUUUCAGUGCCCCUGUAAGUUUAUCUGUUUUGGCUGAUGAAAGGCAAGAUCAAACUGCACAUUGAGCCUUGCUGCUAGUUUGCUAUGUGGGAGGACAUUGUUAAAGCUUUUGAUAAGUUACUGAACAGGGCUAACAAAGAAAAUGUUGCGCACUUACUUUGAGCUCAACAUCACAGUGCUCAUGUGAAAACAAACUUGAGUGAUGUGACUGCUGCCGCUUUUUUCCCUAGUAGUUUUAGACACUUCUCAAAUAAGGACAAGGUUUCAUCAGAGCCAAUGUAAAAAAUAACUGAUCAACACUCACAUUUUUAACCAGAGGCUUCCUCAAGGAAAGAUGGAAUUAAGAGUGUAGGUAAGGUUAAUCUUGUACCAAAAUGGUAAAAUAAAGUUAUUUCCACACUGUUUCACAGUGAUGAUGCUGAGAGGAAUUUAAGGAUACGCCCUGAUCUCUGCACACAACAUGCAGAGAGGUGCCAGAUCUGGUUUUGCUUGCUUCUGAGGUCGUGCUCCUAUUUGCUCCUUCCUGUCUCAGCCUUUGUGAUGCUGAUUUUUUUCAUUCAUAGUGUUGGGAGAACCGAUGUUUGUGAGGUCCUUUUUAGCAUCUAAACAACACAAAUGUUACAUUUCAGUCUUUUACAGGCAGCUAAACCUUCUGUUUGCCUUUACUAUUAACGGUGUCGAAUGUUGGUCUGAGUUUAGUGACUUUUUCUGUACCACCACAAUGUAGAGUUUAGGUCUCUGAAAUAAAAUUAAACAUUACUGUUAUUGGUUCUUGUUGCUGUGGUAUUGAGACAGGUUUUGAUAAAUAAAUAUUGAUUUUAUUGAUAUGAUAUUUGAGGUCUGGGGUUGGGGUUGUGCCAAGAAUUUAAAUUUUAGACUUUUUUUCGUGCAUUGUCUGCUGUCUCUGAAUAAUAGAGAUCUUUUGGCACAUAUCUCACACUAAACCACUGCAUGGAGAUGGGACACGGGUACCCUCUUGUCUUUAGGUGCACUUAACACUCUUAAUUUUUAACAUGGGCAAACCAAAAGUCACUUCCACGUCGCCAAACUUUUUCACACAUUCCUGGGUACCGUUCACGUGUGGAGCACUGUUUGGUUUGACUACACACUGAAAGUGAAUUUCUCCCAAAGAACUUCUGUGAUUUCCCCUCCUCUUGUGACUCCUGAUGCCUGUCCUUUACCAGCUGCAGUAUUGAGUUCUCCUCCUGAGACAGCUAAUCCUGCACUGAGCAAGACAACCCCUCCGGAGAACACCUCAGAAACCUCUGUUUCUGCUCAGGAGAUUGGCUCUUCAGAAGACACUAGCAUUCAGACUACUGUUGAUCAGUCGAAUGGGGAAGCAGUAAUCCAAGAAGUGGUGAAGCAGCUAGAGGAAACUUCACUAGAAGAGGUACCUGCUGAGCCAGCAGUUGCUCCAGCUGAUGCACCAGGUCCUGAAGAGCCUGUGCCUCCCUCUGAACCAGCAGUUGCUCCAGCUGAUGUACCAGUUCCUGAAGAGUCUGUGCCUGCAGUUUCUCCAGCUGAUGCACCACUUCCUGAAGAGUCUGUGCCUGCAGUUGCUCCAGCUGAUGCACCACUUCCUGAAGAGUCUGUGCCUGCAGUUUCUCCAGCUGAUGCACCAGUUCCUGAAGAGUCUGUGCCUGCAGUUGCUCCAGCUGAUGCACCAGUUUCUGAAGAGUCUGUGCCUGCAGUUUCUCCAGCUGAUGCACCAGUUCCUGAAGAGUCUGUGCCUUCUUCUGAACCAGCAGUUGCUCCAGCAGAAGCACCUAGUUCUGAGGAGCCAGCACCGCCCACUGAAGCUCCUGUGAUAUCUUCAGAAGAGCUGCAGGCUUCUGAAGCAGCCGCUCUUGUCCAAGAGGCAGUCGUUGCAGCCGAAGAAACAGCCGUCGAAGAAGUGAAACAGGUUUCUGUUGAAGAUGAGCCAGCAGCUGUGCCAGAAAAAAUCCCAGAUGGUCCAGCACAAUGUGCCCCUGAAGGUGUCAGUGUGGACACUGAAGUUCUGACGGCAACCGACGUUCUGAAGGCUGAGGUAAAAGAACAGACCAAUGUGGAAGUGGCUCAAGAAAAAGUGUUGCCUGCUGUCAACGAUGAUGCGGCUUCUCGAAACGAAAAACCCAACAAAGAAGAUCCGGUAACACUUCUCUCAAAAGCCAUUCAGUCAAAAGGAACCUCGAAAUGUGACGGCCCAACUCUUACCACUCACCACCUGUCAGGUUGGUUUAUCCCAUGUGAAAAAGAGGGGCUUCUUACUUUUACAUGCACCUCUUUGGUUGAAGGGGAACAGUUUUCUUUUUUAAUUCAAUUUCAGAUAAAGGGGUACCAUAUCAGACCGUUUUGCUUGUCCUGCUGACCGUGUCAGGGUGGACCCGGAUGUAUUCUGACCUUUAGAUUUUCCUUUAAAAAUGGAUGUUUAUAUCUGUUGUUUCACCUCCUCAUGUGAUAACUAAAUCAAUUACAGUUAUAUAAUGUAUUUUGGAAAAGUGUUGGCCAGUUUUGCCUUGAAGGGCUUGUAGAUGAAUUUGUGGACUUGGGUUUAGCUUUGAGUAAGUGGGAUAUUUUUGUUGUGUUGUGGUGACAUUCAUUUGAAUUCCUCCUUUACUUUUAGAGCAUUGUGAAUUAAUAUUGGAUGAUCUUUUUUGUUUGUGAGUAGUUAGUAUGCAUUUUGCAUCCGGAGUGGCGUAUUAAAUCAAUUUCGAGUUAGGCUGGUGUGUCCUUUUUGCUAACCUUCAUCUAGGAGAGUGCGCCUUGGUUUUUGAUCAUAUAACCCGCAUGAGUUCGACCUUCCCUUUCUCAUCUUAAAACUCAAAAGAAAUAUUUUUUUUGUUCAGCUACACCUCCUGCCCCAGCUCCCUCCCAGAAACCUGAAGCAGCUUCAGGUCCUGCAAAGCCCAAAGGCAAAGAUGCUAAAAGUGGCGAGGGUUCCUCUGCCCCAAAGGCUGUCCCUGCCAGAAGAAAACGCUCCUCCAUGUCCGCCUCUUCCUCUUCUCCCACCUCACCAAAAUCUGCUACCUCAACUACCCCCCUCUCACCUGUAGCAUCUCCCCUAGCGGCUUCCCCUGGCAGUGCUAAUCAGGCUAACCGCUUCGCCCCAAAGGUUGUCAAGGCUGGCAAACAAGGAAAAGCGAAGAAAGGAGAGGCUUUUGUGCCUGCUCCCGUCUCUGCACCCGCAGAGUGCAAGGUGACAGCAGCCGUUGAAACACUGGUAGAGGAAAAGCAAACUGUAGUUGCCCCAGUUGAGCCAAGCAAACCAGUUGCUGCAAAGCCUGUUGCAGCCCCAGCUGCUUUUAAAGUUACCUCAAAGCCUGCUGUGGCAGCUCCAGUUUCAUUUUCUGGUACCCUUGAUGCUAACCCUCUUAAACCUGUGGAAGCUAAGUCACCUACAACAAAAGCUGUUCCUGUUCUUGCUGCUGUAGAUGAUGAGCUUCCCCCGCUUAUCCCUCCAGAGAAGUCUAUGAAAAUGCCAGUGAUUGUACCCCCUGUUGAAAGCAGCAAGCCGGUAAUAAGUGCUCCUGCUGAAGGUGCUAAAGUGAUUGCUGAAGCUCCAGCUCCAGCUGUUGAGGCUGUGAAAGCAGCUCCCACUGAGGCCCCUAGAGUCAAGUUUGCCCCUGUCGAGGUUCCCAAGCCAGUUGUUGCAGAGGCCAAACCUGCUCCCAUCAAAGCUGUGAAACCAAUGGCUGAGGUCAAAAAGGCUCCUGUUGAGGCCCCUAAGCCAAUUGUGGCAGAAACCAAGCCUGCUCCAGUCGAGGCUCCUAAGCCAGUUGUUGCAGAGGCAAAACCUGCACCAGUCCAGGCUCCCAAGCCAAUUGUGGCAGAGGCCAAACCUGCCCCAGUCCAGGCUCCCAAGCCAAUUGUGGCAGAGGCCAAACCUGCUCCAGUUGAGGCCCCUAAGCCAAUUGUUGCAGAGGUCAAACCUGCUCCAGUCGAGGCUCCCAAGCCAAUUGUUGCAGAGGCCAAACCUGCUCCAGUCGAGGCUCCCAAGCCAAUUGUUGCAGAGGCCAAACCUGCCCCAGUCGAGGCUCCCAAGCCAAUUGUUGCAGAGGCCAAACCUGCCCCAGUCGAGGCUCCCAAGCCAAUUGUUGCAGAGGCCAAACCUGCCCCUGUCAAAGCUGAUAAGCCAGUCACAGAGGCCAAACCUGCUCCAGUUGAGGUUCCUAAACCAGCUGCUCCUGAGGCCAUUAAGCCAGCCCCAGUGAAGGUUGCUGAGCCAGUUACCAAGACUGAGCCAGCUAAGGUCAAGGCUGCACCUGCUGAGGCUGCCAAGCCCACCAAACCAGCAGCUGAGCCUUUGCCUGCCCCAUCCAAACCCACUCCCGUUGAGCCUGCUGCUCCUGCCCCAGCCCCACGUAAGCUCACAUUUGCUGAGGCAUUAGCGACACCUGCUCCAGUUAAACCCGAGGUAGAGGUAAUCAAUAAAACUGCUGAGCCUGUCUCAGCACCCAAACCCGCCCCCACUCCAGCUAAAACCCCAGCCAAGGUGGAGACUGUGAUCAAGAACGACAAGGGUAUUUCCGUCUUUCUCUUUCUUUGUGUGUCUUCUGUUUUUUCCAACUGUUCCUCUUCUGCAGGACCUGAUGCUCAGACAUAUUUGUAAAAACAAAAUUGGGUUGCCUAGUAAACAUGAGAGACUUUGAAUUGCAAAUUGUUCUCAUAGCUUAAAUGUGCUGGUGAGUUUUUAGCAUGAAUGAAGAUGUUAAGUUGUGCAAUGUGGCACUGGUUAGGAGGUGGGUAUUGAAUUUGGUGCUUCAUUUAAGGAAAACUUGGUUAUUGCAGCUUACUUAGUCAGCUUUUGAGUUGGGUUUAGUUCAGCUCAGGUAACAGACAUGGUAUUUUUGAGUCAAAGUUAACUAACCAAAUUUUUGUUCCCCAGGAAUGAUGCAGCACAUUUUACUUACAAGCAACUGUCCAGAAAUGUAACAGGUGGCAUUUUGUGACUAAAGUUGGUUUCUGUGACUGAUUUCUUCAGGAUCCGGCACUGAGUCAGACAGCGAUGACUCAGUCCCUGAGCUGGAGGAACAGGACUCUGCACAGACACAGACACAGCAAGCUCAGGUGAGAGUUCACUCUGAUCUUUAAUACUGUGUCCAUCAUUGACUUUAAGUGAAUCAGACUAGAGCCCAACAUGUGCUGUAAAUGUUAAGCAUUUGGGCAGACGCUCUUCUGUGAUGAUUAACACAGUGACUUUCGUUCUUCUGAGUCAACUGAAGCCAUCCUUUCUGUCCUGAGAAGAGAAAAUGAGAACACAAUGAUCAGCAGUUUUUUUAUUAGUUCAUGAUUAGAUUGUCUUGAUUCCUUUAACAUAAAAUAUUGAUGUCUGUUGUAGCUUGCAGCAGCUGCUGAAAUAGAUGAGGAACCUGUCAGCAAAGCCAAACAGAGCCGCAGUGAAAAGAAAGCACGAAAGGUAAUUAUCUCACUAAUGUCUUUAACUCUUUCGUUGAUUUCUGUGAUUGAAAAAAUUGCCACAAUUAUAAACCUUACACUUUUUUCUUCUCACAGGCAAUGUCAAAGCUUGGUCUCAGGCAGGUAACAGGGGUCACCAGGGUCACCAUUCGCAAAUCAAAGAACAUCCUGUUCGUCAUUACCAAACCAGACGUCUACAAGAGCCCUGCAUCAGACACAUACAUUGUUUUCGGUGAAGCUAAGGUAUGUCCGAGAACGUCAGCCACAAUGAUGCAUGUCCUAACAUGUCUACUCUAAUCUUUUUAUGAGGGUGCAGGAUACCGACAUGGUCAUGUUAGUGAUGUAAGGAUAGUAGAAGUGUCCUCAUUUUCAUUUUCCAUUCUGUCCUGCCGUAGAUUGAAGAUCUUUCCCAGCAAGCCCAGCUGGCAGCCGCAGAGAAGUUCAAGGUACAGGGAGAAGCUGUAUCAAAUAUCCAGGAAAACACACAGACGCCAACAGUACAGGAGGAGAGCGAAGAAGAAGAGGUAUGAUGUGACAUUGGGCAUGGAACAAUGGGAAAUACUCUGGCCCUGUUUGAAUCCCGUUGGCUGUAAUGGUUCUCUUUUGUCUUCUACCAGGUUGAUGAGACCGGAGUUGAGGUUAAGGAUAUUGAACUCGUCAUGUCGCAAGCCAACGUGUCGCGGGCGAAGGCUGUACGCGCCCUGAAAAACAACAACAACGACAUCGUCAAUGCUAUUAUGGUAAGACACCAGAAUCUUUACCAAUGGUUGUACAUGUUUUUAUAUAUCUUAGUAGAUUGAUGUAAAUGAAAACCUCUUCUGUGAUGAUUAACACAGUGACUUUCGUUCUUCUGAGUAUACUGAAGCCAUCCUUUCUGUCCUGAGAAGAGAAAACUUAGUUUGAAUGAAGGAGGGAACUUCUUUGCACAUUAUUUUAACUCGACACUUUUUCUGCUCUUUUCACAGGAGUUGACAAUGUAA